CUGAUUGGUUUACAAAUUUCUCACACACAGAGCGUGUUGGAAAUUUUUCCAAAACAUGUUGUCUUAUCGAGUGUAAAAUACAUUUCGAUGGAGGAUAGAAAAGACUAAAAGUCCAUGGCUGCGAACAAUAAUUAUGGAAUACAUCUGGUUGCAGGAGGGAUUGGAGGCACUGUUGGUGCAGUUUUGACCUGUCCAUUAGAAGUUGUAAAGACCAGACUGCAAUCAUCAGUUGCAACAUUCGAACCUGUGUGUUUAAAAAGUGUUAGUUCAAAUAUCAAUCUCCUCUCAAAAAGCAAUAUAAACUUUAGUGCCUUUUCAAAUAGUGCACAUACAACUAGUUGCCAAGCUACACAUGGGACAAUAGCUGCCGAGAGGGCUCUGCAGCUUGCUCACAGUAGAUCUGUCGGACUAUAUUACUGUCUCAGGUAUAUUAUACAGAAUGAAGGGCCAGCAGCCCUGUUUAAGGGUCUUGGACCAAACCUAGUUGGUGUUGCUCCAUCAAGAGCCAUCUAUUUCUUCUGUUAUGCAAACUCUAAAAAGUACCUGAACACAGUUUUAAACCCUGACACCCCUCUGGUUCAUAUUGGUGCUGCCGUCACUGCAGGAGUGACGGCUUGUACAGCGACCAAUCCAAUAUGGCUGAUAAAGACACGGUUACAAUUGGACCAGAAGAAAAACAACAGUCUUACAACCAGGCAGUGCAUUAAACAAAUAUAUGCUAAAGAUGGUUUACCCGGGUUUUAUAGGGGUAUCACAGCGUCUUAUGUCGGAGUGACAGAAACUGUUAUUCAUUUUGUGAUAUAUGAGUCGGUGAAAGCUCAGCUUCUAGAUUUGAGUAAUCAUUCCACAGAUGAAAGAUCCUACACUGAUUUCCUGAGGUUCAUGUUGGCUGGGGCCUGCUCAAAAACCUUCGCUACAUGCAUAGCAUAUCCACAUGAGGUUGUUCGAACACGUCUGCGUGAGGAAGGGAACAAAUAUCGAUCAUUCUUCCAGACGUUACUGCUGGUUGGUAAAGAGGAAGGAUAUCGUGGACUUUAUCGUGGCCUUCCCACACAGCUUGUCAGACAAAUUCCAAAUACUGCCACAAUGAUGGCAACUUACGAGCUAGUAGUCUACCUGUACGAGUGUUGGAAACGAGACAGUGCAACUUGAAUUUUGUUAGGUUUCGUGAAAUGUUUUCCAGUACAUUGAAGAGAUAUGAUUUCUGGUUCACUUGAAAAGUGCUUUAACCAGUGAAAUCUCUGACAAAGUUUGAAAAAUCUAUUGGUGCUUAGUCCUAUUUCUACUCAAAUGUUGCCAUGCCAACUGGUAGCUAGAGAAGGGCAUUAUGGGUACAGAAGGAUGGAACUUGUCAAAAUAGAACAUCUAGUUGGGGAUUGGUUACAAAUGAUAUUCUGUUGGUUCAAAGAACAACAUGACAUAACUGAAACACAAUCAAUCUUGAAUAGUGGAUAUACAAAAUAGCUGAUACAUACUGCCAUAUUGCCAUAUUUAGACACUGUUCAUAUUUAGUACUUAACUAUGUAGUGAAAACAAAUCUUAUGUGUAAAGAAAAUAGAACAAUUUUAUGAUCAGCCCUUGAUGCGUUACGAAAUAUAUCUCCAGUGCAGAAAGAAUGCAUUUUCAAUAUUGAUUUCUGUGAUAUAUAGAAUUAAAGUAAUUAACUUUAUGUAUAUAUUGUUUUUGGUAGUGUCAUUUGAAAGUUGCGUUUACUGUUGGUGUUGAAUAACGUGCUUGCUGUAAGCCAUGAACUGUAUAGAGAAAAUUAAACAUGUAGGCUUUCUAAGGACGAUUAUGAUGUACUUUUUUAAUUCUUUCUACUCUACUGGAAAAAAAAGCAUUAUGUUAAAAAGCAAAAAGAAAAUUCAUAUUUUUUUUUACCUUUUUGCUUCUACUUUAUUACUUCAAAGAACUUAAUUUGAUCAUGUAUACAGUUAGAUUUUUUAGCUCAUUUUUAUUACUGAAGAAUAUGCAUAAUAAUGUGUUUUUUACGUUUGUGUAGUUUGGAAUUUUCAAUUUCAUCGAAUGAAACUUGACAAGUAUUAUUUGUAGGUUUGUGAUAAGAUUUGGUUAGUUAUUUUCCCCCCUAGACAUUGUAAUCUUUGUUUGAAGUAGGAAAUUGGAGUGAUAAUAUAAAUCAGAUCUCAUACAUAUUGUCACCAAUUGUUCAAGGCAUAUCACUGAUGCUAAAAAAAACAACUCCUUUGGGUGUUAAUUUCUUCAUGUGAGGAAGCCAUUUGGCUGGCUUAUGGAAGGUCUGUGGUUCUACUCAGGUGCACACCUGUGAUGAAAUAAUGCACCCAGGUGAACAUGGGGUCUUCUUCCAACAAAAGCUGGAAAGUUGCCAUAUGAACUACAAUUGGGUCUGUGUGAUGUUAAACCAAACGAAAACAAUGGAAAAAAGCCAAGUCUUGCGCAUGACUGUUUCAUAUUGUGUUGCUGUGAGUUACUAUUGGAAUUUUGUAAAUUUGUUUCUUAGAAAGUGCACUGUAGGCUUACUGAUAUUAAAAUAGUUUUCAUAAGGGCACACCAGCUAAACUUGAUAAAUGUGCCUUGUAAUGAAUGGGUACAUGUAAAGAUAUUGAUCUAGUCUCCAGUUGGCCAAAAUAUAUGGUGUAAGGGAGGUAAAUCAUUUUGGAUAAAUUAAAAGUUAGAGGUUUCCCUUUAGUCAUGUCAGCAGUAAACAUGCACUGUAUAUAGUUGUAGAUAAAAAAUCUUUUGUAUAUAAAUGAUCAGUCACUUCUCGUUUCUUGAAGCCAUUGAAAUGUAUUGAACCCCAAGAUUGUAUGCAUGGAUUUCAUAUGUUACCUAAAGCCAGUGUUUUAAGAUGAUCUAGGCAUUUUCAGUUGAGAUUAUGCCUGUAUUAACCUUUAUCCUGCUGGUGGUGAGUUAUUCUGCCUUUGCGACCAGUGCAGAUCAAGAUCAGCCUGCACAUCCAUGCAGUCUAAUGAUGGUCUGCACUGUUUGCUGUUAAGUCAGUAAAUUUUCAGUGGACACCCCUUUGAAUAAUAAAUGGUUUUGCCCAAAUUGAACAAUGGACCAGUCCAUUUUGGAAAUAUAGCAGAGUAGAGGUUAACAGUAUACAUGUCAUUUUCUCAGACUAUUAGUAAAGCUUGUUUCCGAUGGUACUGUCAUUUUUGAGUCCAGGAUUUGAUUAAUUAGCCCAAAUAUAUUUAGCAGACACCUGUAACAACUAUAAGGGUCUGUCUGCACUGCAUAUAGAAACUCCUCUGUGAGAUUAAUAUACUUUCAAUUGUUACAUCAAUUUUUCACUUGUCACUGUUUAAGUUGGAAUGAACUGUUUUCUGAUUGGGGAUUUUGUCUUGCAUAUCAUCAAAUAAGGAAUAAUUUGUAAGUACUUGUUUUAUCUGUAGUAUAAUUAGAAUUUGUAUGGAUAUUUCUAUUUUGAUUUUAAAAACAGUUUGUGAAAAAACAGAAUUAAGGUCUACAUAGUUUAAAGUUUAUUAAUUUAUCUGAUUUUGAUAAAUUUUGUUUUACAGAAAUACAUGUCAGUAUAUAAAUUAACACUUAACAGCAGUAUUUUUAAGGGCUAUUUUCGUAUUUAAAAGUCAGUCAAUUUACUUGUAUUCAUUAGUACCAUUCUAGGUUAUUAUUCUGAGUGCGUUUCUGUGUAACAAAUGAUAAUGUCCAAAUGCAUGCAUUCUUGGUUUAUAAAAAGCGGACUUUGGUCCCAGAAAAAAUCGAUGUUUAAAGAAAAAAAUCAAUAAAAGUUUGAAAACUUA